AUGUCUUCCCUCAACGGCCCAGAGUCUCCGCUAUCGGGGUCACCAUAUUUAGAGUCACAGCUUGCAGCCAGGACAUCUCUACUUCUAAAUCUUCCUCCUGAGCUCAUCGAUAACAUUUUGUCAUAUCUGUCACCCUAUGACCUCUCAGCUAUAUCCGGCACAUGCAGAGACCUCCACAAACAUGCUCUCUCAGAUGUCCUAUGGCAUCCGCUCGUCCAAGAGAACGUUCCCGGCGUGACUCUCACAAGCUCUCAACCAUGCGAUAGUUACCAUGAGCUUUACAUCGCUCAUGACCGCUUUUGGUUCCUCCCACGACAGAAGAUCUGGUUUUGCGACCGUGACCUUACUGGCAGGCUCAUGCUAGUUCGUUAUGAUCCCCGACGGGGUUGCAUUGAAGGUUAUCAGUUGCUGGCCAGCAGAGGCCGACCGCUAAAUCAGAGCCUCCUCCAAGGCGAUGUCUUGAUUAGCGAGUUCGAUCCCAAAGUCAAACUACACCUCGACAAGCCUAUUCUGCAGUUUCGGAUAGGCGAAAUGGCACCGACUGACUUUACGAAUCGACCUGGGGCCAAUCGGUUCGCCGAUGAGAUGCCCAUUACGCUUGACGACCGGCUUGAUGCUCUGUUUAGCAACUUUAUGCUUACAUGUGAGAUCGACCAAGGAGAAGCAAAGGAAUCCCUCAAAAGGUCAUUUCCAUACGGAAAUAUCUGGCCUCCGCCUUCGGUGCCGUCAGAACACCAUGUUUCCGGCAGCAGCACACAGGUUACUGAGGAAGGCAUAUUCGUCAAUACACCGGCGAGUCGGCCAUGGCGCCGUCAAGAUGUUUCAGAGAGAUUCUUUCGAGUCCGACAAUGGAUGGAAAUGGCUGGUGGUUUAGCUCGUGUUGGUAUGGCUGCUGGUAUAACUGGGAUAUAUAACAUGCUAAGAUUAUCGCGCCUCGCAGCCGCCGGUGGUCUUCCCGGCGUUCAUGUCGGCGAAGAACUCAUCACGUACUCAACUCUCGAUCCGAAAUUAUAUACACCAACACCAUUAAAGCCAUGGAGAGGUAUCUGGGUUGGUGACUACAGCACCCACGGUUGCGAAUUUCUACUCGUUCAUCAACCUGAUGAUGAAAACUCAGCAACAGACGAAGAGCUCGGUCUUGUACGCAGAGACUCGGAAACCGAAGAAGCUUGGGAAGCAAGACGGACAGAAGGGCGGACGUUCCAAGGACGGCUCGAGGCUAUAAAGUUAACCGGUGAUCCAAAUGUUCCACGAGGGGAAAUAACCUUCGUAGCUGAUGACCUAGGACCUGAUGGUGUUGUAGAUGGUCCACCACCAGAUCCUCGGUUCUUGGGUAUAAGGACAGUGUACAGUCAAGGCCACAUUGCAAAUACAGGUUUUACUCAAGACCGAUAUGUUGAGAGUCAACUUAUACUAGUUAGUCACGAUCGUUUGGCACAGCAUUGGAUUGGGUUUGGUCAUGUCAGCUACUUCCAGAGGGUGGACAUUGACGAAUUUCUCAAGGUAUGA